AUGAAGACAGCCAAACCAACGGUUUCUCGUCGAAAAGCUCGCACAGGCUGCCUGACUUGCAAACACGUCAAGUGUGACGAGCAGAAGCCGGCCUGCUUACGGUGCAUCGCCACCAAACGGAUCUGCGAGGGCUACCGCGCUGUGCCUCAGUCUAUCUCCUCCCAGAAUGCUCUGAGCGACGAGGAACGCCGGGCAUUCGCUUUUUUCCGGUCCAGGACAGCUCCCAGGAUCUUAGGUCAACAGGAUGCAGACGACUGGACUCCUGUCUUUUUCCAACUCGGCCAUAAUGAGGCCUCCGUGAAACAUGCCAUCACUGCCUUGGCCUCGCUGCACGAGAGCCUUGAGUCUAACAUGGCAUGUCCGUUAGUGCGCCACUCUCCGAGACAUGCUAGUACCGCUGCACAAGUACUUGCGCUGAAACACUAUACGCAGGCGAUGAAGUCGCUACGCAUCGAAGCUCUCAAUAUGGCCUCGAAACCAGAUCUGACCAUGAUUCUGUGCAUCCUUUUUAUAUGUUUCGAACAGCUCCGCAGCGGCGACGCUGCCUGUUUUCUACACCUAACGGCGGGACUUAAGCUGAUUUAUUGGUGGAGGUCGACGACUAAGAACUAUACAAAGCUCAUAGAUUAUUCUCGGCCGACGCUCGAGUUGAUGAAUGAGAAGAUCACUCCUAUCUUGCAACGCCUGCGAGUCCAGUUCGCUCUUUGCAUGGAUUCCCGUCAUACUGUGAGUUACAUUAGGAUGACACCCUGCCUACCUGCGCCCGCGAUCCCCUCCUCAUACGCAUCCCUGGACCUCGCACGAAAAGACUUUGACCGCGCCAUGAACUACGCCUUUUCAAUCCUUGAAAGUGAUUCGAUGAUGGACCCCCAGCGACCUUGCGUCAGUCCGACCCUUGUCCUCCAGCAGUGGAAAGAUGCCCUGGAUGCUUCCACCUUCGCCACCGAAUCCUCCACACUCCAGGUCUGUGUUCGCAAGCUCCUAGAGCUCUAUUGCCACGUCUCAGUCAUUAUCACCGGCACGUACGGCACGGAGCAAGAAGUCGUGUUUGAUCAGUACGUCCACCGAUUCCAAGCGAUCGUUGACCUAGCCGAAGCGAUCGUCGAGGCCUGGAAAACGGCAUCGCAGCAAUUCAGCCUGCUAUUCAGCUUCGACCUCGGUAUCACCCCACCCAUGUUCCUCAUUGCGUCUCGCUGUCGUGAUUCUCAGAUUCGACGCAGAGCCGUCAGUUUGAUGCUUCAGUCCCCUUUCUACCACGGUGCCUGGCCCGAUCAAUAUACCGGGCUUUGCGCGCAACGCAUCAUCGAUGUUGAAGAGGAGGGCCGAGUCAUGGAGCGGGCAGACGACCUCGCUGUCUGCAUACCAGAGCAUCAACGCAUCCGGAAACUUUCGGCCGAUAUCCAAGAGGAAAAUGGACAAAUUGCGAUGCAGUUCCUUCGACGGCCGCUUGACUCCGAGGCUGAGGUUGUGACUACAUACAUUGCGUUGGGUACAGGAGUUAUCGGCCAAGGAAAUUCGAUUCCAGUAUAA